AUGCUGCUCAGCGACUGGUACCACGAGAACGUGUACGCGCAGGCGGCCGGGCUCGACGGCAAGGACAAGCACUGGGAGUGGGUCGGCGAGCCUGAGGGGCACGUCAAGCGGGACAUCAACCACGUCACCCUGUCGCUCCCGGCCACCCCCUACCUCGGCGCCUACUUCUACGGCAUCGAGGACAUCGCGUUCGACUCCUCCGCCGAGUCGCAGGACUCCUACGACCGCGACUACGACGUCCAGAAGCCGCGGGGGGCGCAGACCCCGGAGGCCAGCAGCCCCACGACGAACGCGAACGCGCUCGAGGAAGGCGUGAGCGAGUCGCACCCGUGUGGCACCUGCACGGCCACGACUUCUGGGUGCUCGGCUGCGGCGACGGCGUCUACGACCAUGCCAGGGACUCCAAGACGCUCAACACGGUGA